UUUGGUAGCAUGAAGUUCUUAUUGAUUGUAGCUGUUUGCAUUUUGACCGUUUCGGCCAACCCGCCAUUCGAUGACAACAUGAAUCAAAUUCAUGGCGAGAAUGGCUGGUAUGUGCCUAACUCGGAUGGCACCUUCUAUUGGGUGCCCAAGGGUUCGUGGGUAGAUCCUGAGCCCAAGUUGUCGACAGUUCCCGUUACAUUCUACCUCUAUACCAGAGCCAACCCCAGUUCAGGCACUAAAAUCAAGGAUGAUCGGGCUUCGAUUCAAGGAUCACACUUUAAUCCUUCGAAACCCACUUACUUUGUUAUUCAUGGCUGGACUCAAAGUUACACUUCCGGAAUGAACAAGGAUAUUCGGUCUGCUGCUUUGAGGGCUUUUGACUGCAAUGUCAUCGUAGUUGAUUGGGCUCGCGCUCGUUCGGUGGAGUACGCCAGUUCAGUUCUGGCCGUUCCAGAUUCCGGCAAAAAGGUCGCUGCCAUGAUUGAUUUCCUAAACAUUGAAUUUGGUAUGCCUUUUUCAACUUUGACCAUUGCCGGUCAUAGUUUGGGCUCCCAUGUUGCAGGAUUCGCUGGUAAGAAUGUUAAGAAUGGAAAAGUGCAAACCAUUAUCGGUAUGGACCCAGCAUUGCCUCUCUACAACUACGACAAGCCCGCUAAGCGUUUGGCCGAUACCGACGCUGUCUACGUUCAAAGUAUUCACACGAAUGGUGGCCAGUUGGGUUUCCUGAAACCCAUUGGAAAAGGUGCCUGCUAUCCCAAUGGGGGUGAGAGUCAGCCAGGAUGUGUUGUUGAUCUUACUGGUGCUUGUGCUCAUGGGCGUUCUACUACUUACUACGCUGAAGCUCUGGCUGAUAACGAUUUCGGAACCAUCAAGUGCAACGACUACAAAACAGCAGUAAAAAAGAAUUGUGGUUCUACUUUCUCCUCUGUCCGUAUGGGUGCUCGUGAUCGCGGUCAAGAAGUUGCUGGUAUUUUCUAUGUACCUGUUCACAGCAAAGCCCCCUUCGGUGUUCUCAAUUGAUUAUGAAAAAAAUGCUAUUGAAUAAAAAAGUAGCUACAUAUUGACAAAUAUU